AGCAAAUAAAAUCAGUUACAAAUUGCUAGUCUGGCGGGCAACAACGUUGUGUUAAAUACAAAAUAAUUUUAUUUAAAAGAAAUUAAUGAAAAUAAUUCAAGAAAAUAAAGUACAAACAUUUUUAUUUAAAAAAAAAACAAAAUUUGUGAAAGUGAUCUUGAAUUUUAAAAGUGAUAAACAAUCAAGAGAACUUUAGGCAAAUUUUCUUGUUAGAGCUGAAGAAAUUUUCUUGACAUUUUAAUUAAUUUUAUCGCAAAACAUAAUAAAACAACGUGCUCUGUCUAAAUUAAUAGAUAUACUCUAUUGUUUGCAAAUCGUAAUUUUUGCUUAAAACGCUAAAUAAAGAAAAAUAAAUUUAUCAUAAUAAUGAAUUCUACAAUUGGAUUAAGUCUUGGACGUUCAGCUACAAAUGGUUGUGCGACAGCAGCCAUGAAUGGUGCCGCCACUUGUCAUGCUGUAGCAGCAGCUACACUUAAUGUCAGUAAUCUUCAUACAAUGGAGCCAUCACAACAGACCAAAAGCAAAAAUCCCGAACUAGCUAAUAAGAUCAUCAGGCAAUCGCACAUUGUGUGCUUUGAUGUAGACUCUACAGUGAUCGAAGAGGAAGGUAUCGAUGAAUUGGCCGAUUAUUGUGGCAAGGGAUCGGAAGUGGCACGCGUUACUAAAGAGGCUAUGGGUGGCUCUAUGACAUUUCAAGAUGCCCUUAAAAUUCGUCUCGACAUCAUCAGACCUACACAGAAGCAAGUCAAGGAUUUUGUCAAAUUACGCCCCAGCACCUUGACACGCAAUGUUAAGCGUUUUGUAGAACAACUAAAAGCUGAGGGAAAACAGGUUUAUCUCAUUUCUGGUGGAUUUGAUUGUCUCAUUGAACCUGUAGCCAACGAAUUGGGCAUCCCACUUUCACAUUUGUAUGCCAACAAAUUAUACUUUGAUUACAAUGGCGAGUAUGCUGCAUUUGAUAUAGAUCAACCUACUUCCAAGUCGGGUGGCAAAGCAGAAGCCAUCGCACAUAUACGCAAACAAUACGAAGCUGAUACAGUGAUAACAAUGGUUGGUGAUGGUGCUACCGAUCUUGAAGCUGUUCCACCUGCCAACUACUUUAUUGGUUUCGGCGGCAAUGUAGUGCGCCCUGAAGUACAAAAGCGUGCUCAGUAUUAUGUAACGGAUUUUGAUCAGUUAAUCCAUUGAUUCGAACAAAGAAUUAAGUAAAUUUAAAAAACAAAAAUAAGUAUUUCAUUGAAUAUGUAUACCUGUGUGUCUGUAUGUAGUAACAUUUUCUAUCUGUAUGUAGAUUAUAAAAAAAUGUAAAUAAGAAUUUCUAGUUUUAAUUAUUACCUACCUGCUAUUAGUUAUUUAGUUAUUUUUUUAUGAAUUUUAUUCAAAAGUAAUAUGUAUUUUUGUAUAAUUGUUUUGUAAUAAAAAAAUUUAAAGAAAA